GCUGCAUGGAACAUCACAAAUGCCAUACAGGGUAUGGUAAUUGUUAGUUUACCUUACGUUGUCCUGAAGAGUGGCUACUGGGCCGUGGUUGCCAACGUGCUGGUAGCUGGUAUAUGUUGCUACACGGGAAAGAUCCUUGUCGACUGUCUGUAUGAGGAAAACGAAUUUGGGGUCAAGGUCAGAGUCAGAAAGAGUUACGUGGAGGUAGCUGAUUUUGCCUUUGGGUCGGUAAUUGGAGGAAGGAUUGUAAAUUUUGCUCAGAUUAUCGAAUUGCUGAUGACGUGUAUUCUGUAUAUGGUUUUAAGCGGUGAUUUGAUCGUCGGUAGCUUUCCUAACUUACCCGUCGAUCUAUCGUCUUGGAUCAUGAUAAGUACGGCAUUUCUGAUCCCUUGUGCAUUUCUACAGUCACUUCGCAGCGUGUCCUGGUCAAGCUUCUGGUGCACCGUUGCACAUCUUAUCAUCAACGCCAUUGUACUUAUUUUCUGUAUAACGAAAGCGGCGCAAUGGAAAGUACAAGAGGUUAAAGUUCAUCUGGACAUAUGGUCAUUCCCAAUAUGUCUUGGUAUCAUAGUGUUUAGUUACACGUCACAAAUAUUUGUACCUACUUUGGAAGGCAACAUGGUCGACAAAAGCAAAUUUUCUUGUAUGAUGAACUGGACUCAUUUUGCCGCUGCGUUAUUCAAAUCUUUAUUUGGAUAUAUAGGCUUUCUUACCUGGGGAAGUGCUACACAGGAAGUAAUCACCAAUAACAUAUCGUCGGAAAUUUUCAAAAUAAUCAUCAACAUGUUUCUUGUCGUCAAGGCGUUGUUUUCGUAUCCGCUGCCGUAUUACGCAGCAGUGGAGUUGAUAGACACUGCAUUGUUUAGUACGGGAUCUAAGGCAGUGUUUCCUUCCUGUUUGGACGACAAAAAGACUCUAAAAGUCUGGGCAGUUGCACUCCGAUUGGGACUUGUGUUAGCUACAAUGUUGAUGGCCAUAUUUGUACCGUUCUUUGCCCUUCUAAUGGGGCUUAUUGGAAGCUUCACUGGGACCAUGCUGUCCCUAGUGUGGCCAUCUUACUUUCAUUUGUACAUCAAAUGGAGGGUAUUACGUUGGUACUCCAAAGUAUUCGACAUUGGAGUUAUAAUAUUAGGAUUUGUAUGUUGUUUUGUCGGGAUGUAUUACAGCGGUUUAGCACUAUACCAAGCUAUCCAAGGACUCCCUUCCACCCCUAGUCCUGCGUCACAUGUACCCUUCCAUAAAGGCGUAUGA